AUGUCGCCGGCCGGCGCCAAGUGCAGCAAGCACGUCCCUUCGUUCCAGCUCGACCACUCCAGCAAACGGAGAGAUACGAAAGAGAAGACGGGCACAUGGACGGGGCCCAAGCGAGGCAUUCCCUCUGCUCCACUGAGCUUAUUCACAAGAUUGAAAUCAUCUAGGAAAGACUGUUCUUUGCUUGAGCCCCAGAAAAAGCUGCUGCCCGUCAGACGGGAUAAGACAGGCCUGCAGUCUUCUUGCAGCACAACAGUUUCCUAUACGCCUCCGAAGGGAUGUUUGCUUACAUCGUACCCACGCAAGUUGUUCACCGGCUCACUGCUUCCUCUCCUCUCCCUUGCAGAUUCAGAGACCUACUGUGUCUUUCAAGAUAAGAGGUACCAUGUCGGAGAAAGGUGGCAUCCGUACCUGGAACCCUAUGGAAUCGUUUACUGUGUUAACUGUCUCUGCUCAGAGAAUGGCAAUGUGCUGUGCAACAGAAUACGAUGCCCGACCCUCCACUGCCCAGCCCCGGUCCAUGUGCCUCAACUGUGCUGCCCACGGUGUCCAGAUGAUUCCCUUUUUUCCAUGGGCGGUAAGAUCACUGGGAAGUCGUGUGAAUACAAUGGCACAACCUACCACCAUGGAGAAAUGUUUGUGGCAGAGGGCCUCUUUCAGAACAGACAAGCCAACCAGUGUUCCCAGUGCAGCUGCUCCGAAGGCAAUGUCUACUGUGGCCUGAAAACGUGUCCCAAGUUAACUUGCUCUUCUCCAUCGACUGUGCCUGACUCAUGCUGCCCAGUUUGCAGAGGAGAUGGGGAAUUAUCGUGGGACAACUCUGACGGUGACAUCUUCCGACAGCCAGCAAACAGAGAAGCUAGGCACUCCCCUCACCGCUCCCAUUAUGACCUGCCGCCCAGCAGCGCCCGGCAGGCCUUCCACGUUCCACGAUUCAGCAGUGGCAGAAGCAACCGAGGAGCCCUUCCAGACCUGCAGCAGGCCUCCGGGACCAUCGUACAGAUUGUCCUCCACAAUAAACAUAAGCACGGACGAGUGUGUGUCUCCAAUGGAAAAACCUACUCACAUGGUGAAUCCUGGCAUCCUAACCUCCGGUCCUAUGGGAUCGUGGAAUGCGUCUUGUGCACGUGCAACAUAACGAAGCAAGAGUGUAAAAAAAUCAAUUGCCCAGAUCAAUAUCCCUGCAAACAGCCAAAGAAGAUUGAAGGGAAGUGCUGUAAAGUUUGCACAGAAGAAACUGAAAAUCAGAACAAAGAUUAUUUUUGCGGUGAAGAGACCCUUCCUGUCUACGAAGCCCUUUACGCAGAGGAGGGAGAAACCAUCCGAAAGAUAGCAGUGAAGACGGAGAAACCACCGCAGGUAGAAAUCCACACGUGGGCCAUUAAGAAAGGGGUCCUAAGUCGUUUCGUUACAGAGAAAGUAUCCAAGACUGAGUUUGAUGAACUUCCUAACUUCAAGCAGAUCACAAGAACCACUCUGAGCCAGUGGAAAAUAUUCAGCGAGGGAGAAGCUCAGAUCGGCCACAUGUGCAGAAGCAGAGUGUGCAGGACUGAACUGGAGGAUCUGGUCAAAGUUUUGUAUCUCGAGAAGUCUGAAAAGGACCACUGUUAA